GCAAGACACACUCCCGCACAGACUGGCAGCACAAGUAAAGGUGUGUUGACCUGGCUUCAGGGCCGUAAGUAGGUAAGAAAGAAAGAAUGAAAGAGAAGAAAACUUGAAUAGUGUGAUUCUUGUUGCAGUACGCGCAGUGAAGGAGCGGAGCCGCCGGUGCGCACUGCCAUGUCAGCCGCUGUCUGCAGGCGGGAUGGGAACAGGAGCGGCAUUUUUACUUGCAGACGUCUACGCGCUGCUUUCUUUAGCGGACAGUUAAUUGUUACCUGAAGACAGGUGCCUAAAAAAACAGCAGUUUUGGAGAGUGCGGCGAGAGUUUGGUGUCAGCUUUCAAAGAAGCUGCUGGAGCAUCCGGUGAAUGUUGCGUCAUGGAGAUAAAGAGGAGACUUCGAGCCCUGCUGAUGUUGAUAUGGAUUUUUCCAGGUGACACCCAAAAGGUGGAGAUGCCCAGUAAAGAGAUGGAGGUGGUGAAGGGUCAGAUGGUGGUGCUACAAGCCUGGUACAGCCCCAGCUCAGACAUUUCCCAAAACACUGUCAUUUGGCACUUCACAGGAAAUGAGUCGAAGCAGGUGAUUAACUUUAGUUCAGGUAAAGUCGGGCAUGGACAAAACGAAUUCACCAAAAGAGUGGGGUUCAGCGUGGCCAUGCCCUCUACCAACCUCUCCGUCUACAUCAACAACACCCAGGAAACUGACUCUGGCCUCUACUUCUGCCAUGUAAUUGUCCCUGGAGGUCAUGGCAUUUCUGGAGAGAUGCGGCUUAAUGUCAAAGUCCCUCCCUCUCCUCCAGUGUGCAGCAUGACAGGAAACCCCGUGGUGAAAGGCAACGUGACCCUGAGCUGCAAGUCCAGUCAUGGAAAACCCGCCCCUCACUACAAAUGGACCAAGGCAGCACCUGUGUCUGAAGUCUUUUUCUCCCCAAUGCAGAAUGAGAAACAUGGCACCCUCAGGCUGAGCAACCUUACCAAAAGUAUGUCAGGGAAGUACAUCUGCAGAGCCAGCAACACAGCCGGCUCAGACAGCUGCUCCAUUAAUCUGGAGGUCAUCACCUCUUCCAAUGCAGGCAUGAUUGCAGCAGCUACUCUGGGGUCAGUUGUGGGACUGGUGGCCAUGGUUCUCUUCCUCUUGUUCUUACUGAAGAGGAGACGGGACUCAGAGGAGGAGAUGUCUAACGAUAUAAAGGAGGACGCUCAAGCACCAAAACGAGUGUCUUGGGCAAAGAGCAACACUGGCUCCGACAUUGUGUCCAAAAAUGGCACACUGUCUUCCAUAGCCACCAGUCCUCGAUCACGAGACCCACAUCAACCCAACUUUCCAUACCCAUACUCCCCCAUGUCUGCAUCAGACACAGGCUCCGUCAUCAACGCCUACCAGCUGCGACCUGGAGAGGCCACCUCGCUACAGGGGCUUCCUGGAUACAACUUGGGAGGCACACCAAUACGUAAAUACAAGCGACCUUUAAGUGCAAAUGGGGGUCCUCCUCAGGUUCUCAGAAGCCCUUUAGUCAGCAUCCCCAAAAGGACUGAGGGAGCUCAGCCUCAGGUGCCGCCUCCACUCACCGUGUCCCCACAAAUCAGCUCCUCCACUCUGACACGCACAGGAACUGUUGCUGUAAUGGUGCCUGCUCAGAGCCAAGCCGGCUCACUGGUGUAG